AUGGCAACUACAGAUUCACAGUCAAAUGAAAAUUUUGUUAGAGUUGUGUCAUUUGAUACAAUGACAGAUAAAGAUUUACCUAAUUAUUCAUUUACAUUAAGAGGGAAAUCAUCUGGAUAUAAACGUACGAGACGCUCACGAACCUUUAUGGUUGCCACCGACUUGGCCAAUUAUAGUGAAUACGCUCUUACAUGGGCAACAGAUGAGAUUAUGGAUGAAGGCGAUGAGCUUAUUGUUUUAAGAGUAGUUACAGUAGAUAUGAAUGAUAAAAAAGGAAAUAUAACAAAUCUAUUAGAAAUGGAACAGAAACAAUCAAAGCAAAAAGCUAAUCAAGUAAUGGAAAAGAUUAUGAAAACUACUGGAACAGAAAAAAAAAUUAGUGUAAUUAUUGAAUUUGUUAUUGGUAAAGUACAGGAAACAAUUCAACACAUGAUUGCCAUGUAUCAACCUUCUUUAUUGAUUGUCGGAACAAGAGGACUUUCUGAAUUUAAAGGAAUGUUACUUGGAAGUAUAUCAAAAUAUUGUCUUCAACAUUCUCCUGUCCCAGUCACUGUUGUUCGUCCUGAAGACAAAAUCAAAAAAUCUCUAGCAAAUAAAAAAUUAAGCGGACUAAUACGCAUUAGUAGUAAUGGUAGUACAAGUGAUGAAGAAAACACAGUAAUUACAAAUGAAGAUGACAAAGUGGAUAAGAAAUUUAAUCGCUUAACAUUAUCCUCAGGUUGGCAACGAAAAUCUCGUUCAGAUUGCUCAAAAUCAAUUCCACCUAAAUAA